AUGACGAGUGAAAAUAAACAAAACUGGCGCUGCUCAGUUUGUCGUGUGAAGGAGCAAAAGGCUCAGGAACAUUUAUUGAAUACACCUAAAAUUGCACCUUCAAAAUUAAGCGAGCAUUGUCAGGAUGUUGAAGGUAAUGUGACUUUUCGAAGCAAGUCAAAAGUGGGAGAUAAAUUGAUAUGUGAUCCAAAUGAAGGAAUUACGAUUGAAAAGGAAAUAGUAUCAAAUAAUGUCAUGAUUAAUAUAGCCGAUAUUAUCAAGAAGGAGGUAACAGCAGCCAUGAAGUCUUCGAUAACGGAAUUAGUUUCUCAACAACUAGUCGACAUUAAAGAAUACGUAUCUGGCUUUCAGGAUUCACUUUCAUUCUUUAAUGCUAAAUAUGAAGAGAUGAAGAAAGAACUGGAAGAAAAGUCAAAUAUGAUUCGAAAGCUACAAGUCGACAAUGAAAAACUUACUGGUACUGUUACUGAUUUAUCGAACAGAUUGAACACAGCGGAACAAUAUCUACGAGAGUGUAACGUUGAAAUCAAUAAUAUUCCUGAACACAAAUCUGAGAUACUGAGUACAACGUUAUUGCAAUUGGCUAAAACAGUCGAGUGCACGCUCCAUGACGACGACAUAAUGAAUAUAACUAGAGUAGCUAAGCUCGAUAAAGAGAAUAAAAAACCAAGGACUGUUAUAGCCAAAUUACGUUCACCUCGUCUCCGUGACAAUUUACUAGCUGCAAUAACCAAAUUUAACAGAGGGCAUCCCAAUGAUAAACUCUCAUCUAAGCAUUUGGGAUAUGCUGCACCUCAUGGGCCUAUCUUUGUUUCGGAACAUCUUACGCCGUCAACAAAAUCUCUACAUGCCGCGGCUCGUAAAAAAGCUAAGGAGCAGUCGUACACAUUCACGUGGGUGCGUAAUGGCCGAAUCUUUGUUAGAAAGAACGAGCACUCGCAGAAGAUACAUAUUCGCAAUACCAAAUGUCUGGAUCUAAUAAGUUAA